AUGGCGCGCGCGGACGACGAUGACGAUUACGAUGACGACGUCGAUGACGACGAUCGAGGACGCGGCGCGACGUACGCGGACGCGGGGGCGCGAGACGACGACGACGACGACGAUUACGACGGCGCGUCCGAAGACGCGAUGGACGCGAGCGACGACGGCGACGCGUACGAAGACGAGAGCGAGAGCGAGAGCGAGGACGAUGAUUACGACGAAGACGUCGGGAAGACGAAGAAGCGCGGGAAAACGGGACGGACGACGCGGGCGAGCGGGGGGGCGGUGGUGGUGGUGCCGACGACGACGGGACGCGGCGAGCGAGGCGUGAAGGUGGCGUCGGUGAACGCGGACGACGCCCUGAGGGCGCAGUUGAGUGGGAAACAGGAUCCCAUGGCGUUCGUCAUCUCGAGCUCGGUGCCGGAAACGGGAGAGGUGUUGAAGUUUACGUCGUUGUUGCACAACGCGCGAGACGGACGAACGUACGCGGCGGCGUUCGGGGACGCCAGACGAGGCGCGGGAGAGGACGACGCGUCCAAGGCGACGAAUCGAAGAUUAGACAUGGAACAACGAGAAGACGACGGGGGGGGGAGCGAGAACGACGAAGAUUACGAUGAAGACGCCGAGGACGGGGACGAAGACGACGCCGCGUGGUUCGCCAAGGUUGACGAAAAUUUUCCGCUCGAGCGGUACGCGACUUUAAAUCCCACGCUGAGCGACGACGAGGACGACGAUGAGUACUACGCCGAUAACGAGGCCGCGCGGCCGGCGUUAGACGUCGGCGAAGCCGAGGCUCGCAUGAAACCGCGUAGAGGCGAGAGCGGGUUGGAAAACGAAGAGUGGGAGCGCGGAGUGGUCUGGGGCGCAGAUUCCGACGAAGACGAAGAGAUUCGUCUCGCCGCGGUCGGUAUCGACACCGUGGGCGCGUUCAAAAAGCCGCGACGCGGCGAAGAGACGGACUUGUCAUCGCAAGUGACGGUUCCGUCGUUACCCCCGGCCACCGCGCUCGCGUCGGCGACGUCGAGAUCUUGGGGAGAGCUCGACGGGGAGAGCCCGAGCGGCGGCGCGAGCUCGUUCGAUAGCGCCGUCUCGGAUUACAUGCGACAUCUCAGCUUGUACGGCGUCGUAGACGAGAAGCAGCAGAGCGGUGAUGUGGACAUGACGGACGCCAACGCCGCGCGUGGGGCGGGUGAAAUGCUGCGCAUGCGAAAUCACGACUUCGCGAACGGGCGUUGGUUGGGCGACGUCGAGUGGGAGGGUAAACCGCGUCAAGUCAUCGAUCCACAUCGCAAGUACAUCUUGCCAAAGGUGCAAGUGAACCCGAACGAUCCGAGAUUGGUGUUGCAGUACAAGGGUGAUUUAGAAGCGACGGUGUGGAAAUGGGCCAACGCCGUCAUGGCGCCGAGCUGGGAUCUCGAUCCCGUCAACGACAUCGACGAGGCGUUGAAUAUCAGCAUGGAUGACAAGUACAAGGAGGAAAACGAGCAAACUGUAGACACUGGCGAGCGUCCCCCGAGACAAGGACGAAUUGACGGCAUUCAACACGCCGAAUUCCUUCUCACGUCGGUGCCCCAACUCGUUCGCGAUCCCCUCAACGAUUAUCCCGCGCCCAGGCCAAUGCUGCGACCGCCGACGGUGCUCCCGAAACACGCCACGGCGUCGAUGAAAAUUAAAAUCGCGGGGUCGGAGUUGCAAACGUUUAAGGUUUGCAUCAAAUCGCUCAAUAUUCACAGUGCGGUGAUAAACUUGAAAGUUCGCGGUACCGACACCAUCGGAAGCGUCAUCCCUCGCAUUCGCAAGCGCUGGACCGACUUAGACGGUCCUAUUCACUUGUACUACCCGGGAAGUCCGAAGCCGAACGAAAAGUUGAACGAAGAAAUGACGCUCGUCGAUGCGGGCUUGCAAGCGCAAGUCGGCUUGCCGAUCAUCUAUCUCGUGGCUCCGAAGGUUACGUUCAUCAGCGAAGAGGCGGCGUUGGCGCCCCUCGCUUCCGACGCCGUUCUCGCGCCCCCGGGCGCGUACAAAAAACCCUCGGAUUUGUCGGCGCGAAGUGGUACGCUGAUGAUGGUGCAGUACACAGAAGCGCGCCCGCCGCUCAUCGCUAAGCCUGGUAUGGGAGCAAAGAAGGUUGUGUACUAUCGCAGAAAGACGCUCGGCGAUCAAGGCGCGCGUCCAUACGCCAACGCGACGACGACUGUCAUUGAUCUCAAGCCGAACGCGCCGUCACCCUUCCUCGCCGAACUUCCUCCUGGGCGAGGCAUAACGGCCCUUGAAACGAGCAUGUUCAGAGCACCGUUGUUUCAGCAAGCAAAGUCUGAUGACUACGUUGAUUUUCUUCUCAUCAGAGCUCCGAACGGCAAGUUGACGCUUCGCGAAGCGCCGUCGCUUCACCUGGCUGGACAACAAGAGCCACACGUAGAGAUUCCGGCGCCGGGGAGUGACAUGCUCAAAGACUUUGAAGAGCGUCUCGUCAACGCCACCGUACUCCGCUACUUCUUGAACCUGCAAGCGAAAGGGCUCAUCGAACCCGGCACGAUGCCGACGGUGAAAUCGACCGACGUCGCGGCGACGCUCUCGCACGCGCUUUCCGUUCGAGAUGUUCGCAAAAAUAUUCGCCGAAAGAUUUGCGCGGUGCGCCGCGGCGCCGAGGCAAAUGAGGAUGAGUAUGUUCUCAAUCCUUCGUACCGAUUCGAGCACGAAAAAGAGGUGCAACGGAUGGCGACGCCAGAAGAAGUGUGCGCGUACGAGUCGUAUCGUCACGCGGUUGCUGUACUCUGCAAGGACCGCGAUCGCGACGAACAGGAGCGAAUUUUACGAUUGUCGUCUCUUUCGCUUCAACAGUUGAAGAAUGCGGUGACCAUCUUGAUCCGACACAGCGAGGGCAAGCGCAAGCGUCAACUGGAGAACUUGGAGUUGUGGCUGCAAAUUCAGCCGUGGGCGCAAACGCACGAAUUCCUUCAGGCUUCGCUGGGCACGAAGGGAAUUUUACAUCUCGAGACGUCGAGGAGAAUCCAGCGACUCACUGGAAAGUUCUACAACUAUAUUCGACGUAUGACUGUACCAGAUCCUCCGGAAGAUCGUCGACCUCGCCGCGAGCCCGGAACCGUGACGGGGACGAAUGCCGAUCUCCGUAAGCUUACGAUGCCUCAGGCGCAACGCAUCCUUGAAAACUUUGGGGUAGAGAAGGAAGUGAUUCUCAGGCUUGAACGAUGGAAGAGAAUCGGUUUGAUUCGUGAAUUGUCUGGUGCUGCGACCGCGGAUGGCACGAACUCUCACGCGGGCAUGGCGCGUUUCGCCCGUCGCUUGCGAGUGAGCGAAGCGGACCAACUCAAAGAGAUUCGCGAACAUUCUGAUUUGCUCUUCAAAAGACAGAUGAAGCAAUAUUCUCAGCGACACACGCGUCACGAAGAUUCUUCGAGCGGUGGCGAGACGGAUGAAGACGAUUCGUCGAGCGACAGUGAAAGUGAAAGCGAUUCUUUGGCAGAUGAGUUGGAAAAGCAACUCGAAGAAAAGGCUGCCAAGGAUGCGCCGAACGAAGAAGACGAACGCGCCGAGCUCGAGGCGCUUCGUAACGCCCUUAAGGACGGUAGUUCCAUCGAGCCAUCCGUUGACCCGAUGAAGGCUUUGGCGCAAGGCAUUUUGGUGCCCGGAAAGAAGCUGAAAUUGAAGCGAGUUUCGACCCACAUCUUCCCAGACGGUCGAUCCGCCAAGGUGGAGGACGACAUCACCGAGUACGCGGGAGAGGCUUGGCUUCAAGCGCGCGCGCAAGGUGUCGAAGCCGCAGACGCUGCGACGACUGCUGCACUCAUCGCAUGCGGCAUGGAUAAGCCGCCAGAGCCGCCGAAGGAAGCCUUGGAGAGGAAGGAGCUCGACGACGAAGAAACUGGUCUUACUCCGGAAGCAAGAGCGCGUUACGAAAUGCUUCGUCAGCGGAAACGUGCCAAGGAGCGCGUGCGACGAGCCGGCGAGAAGAUCAAGCGUUUGCAGUCCAUGGGCGUCACCGAUGAAGGCGCGGACUUGGCGAACGCGCAAAAGUCGCCCGGAAUCACGCCAAGCGAGAGGCCCGCACCCGUGGUUCCAGGUCCCGGUGGACUGAAAAUUAAGCUUGGCGUCAGCAAGAAGACGAUGGAUAAAGUGUUCAGCUCUGGCGCGACGCCGCAGAAGAAAUCCACGCUCGGUCGCAAGUUGCCUUGGGAUAAAGUACUCAUAAAAGUCACCGAAAGCGCAAUGAAACAUGGAACAUACGGCCAAGUGUUUACGCCGGCGGUGACGUUGUCAGACUACGCAAAGUUUGUUGAGCAACCCAUGGAUCUGGGCGCCAUCAUGGCACGCCUUCGCGAGGGCUUGUACAAUGAUCCCAGCGACUGGGCAUCGGACGUCAAGUUGAUCGCAGUCAACGCGCAGGCGUACCACGGGAGCGAAGAACCGGUUGAGCUUCGUCUGGAUUGGGUUCCUGGGAUGGCGGCGGACAUGGUCAACUACAUAGCCGAUCAAGCGAAACGUCACGAAGCGGACAUCAAGGCUUCGUUUUCGGAUUUCUCCGCCGACUCUCUGCGCGUUGCGCGUCAGGGAGCCACGGCCGGUGGUGAUAGCGCUCCAGCCGAAGUCAAAACCGAAGUUCCAACAGAGCCCGCGGCGCCGCCGAAGCCGCUUCCAAAGCUCAAGUUUUCGUUUGGAAAGAAAUCGUAG